AUGCGAUUCUCACCCUUCCUCUCAACCCUCGUCUAUACCUUUUCCAACUUUUCCCGCGUCCGCGCCGCGCAGUCCCUCGGCACCCAGGCGCCCCUCGCAGCGAACCGACAGCUCCGCGCUUCCAUGCCCUCGAUCCCGUUCCUGGGCGCUCUGUUUGGAUCUUCCGCUUCGCAGCAGGAUAAGAUGUCGUACCCCGAUAAGAGGUCUGAUGAUGAGUGGCGGGCUGUUUUGAACAAGGAGCAAUUCCGCAUCCUCCGCGAAAAGGGCACCGAACCCCCCGGCUCCGGCAAAUUCGACAAGCACUACCCUUCCGAGGGCGUCUACGCCUGCGCCGGCUGCGAGGCGCCUCUCUACAAGGCCACGCACAAGUUCAAGUCGGGCUGCGGCUGGCCGGCCUACUUUGACUCGUUGCCGGGCGCCGUCGUCCGCCACGAGGACCGCAUGUUCGGCAUGACGCGCACCGAGAUUGUGUGCGCCAACUGCGGCGGGCACCUGGGUCACGUCUUCAAGGGGGAAGGGUUUGACACCCCGACGGACGAGAGGCACUGUGUUAACAGUGUCAGUUUGACGUUUGCGCCGGAGGAGAAGAAGGGUGGGCAGGGGACUGCUGAGGGUACGAAGGGGGAGAGUAAGGUUUGA